AUGAGAGUACCUCCAUCAUUUUCUCUCGGGACAGAUUCAGAAAGGCAGAAGCACGGAGCAACAGUUCAAGACAGGCAUUUUCUGUGGUCGAGUGGAGAAGAGCAGCCUAUAGCCAUGGGACAGGCUCUGGGGAUCAAGAACUGUGACUUCCAGGCAGCAAAAAACAAUGAGGAGCACCACACCAAGGCCAUCAGCUCCCGGCAUCUCAUUGUGAGGAGAGGACAGCCCUUCACCAUCAUCCUGCACUUCCAGGCUCCAGUCUAUGCAUUUACGUCCAACCUGAAGAAGGUAGCCCUCAUUGCACAAACUGGAGAGCAUCCUUCCAAGGCCAACAAGACCCAAGCUAUAUUCCCAAUUUCCCGUCUGGGGGACCAGAAGUGGUGGAAUGCGGCAGUGGAAGACAGAAAUGACCAGUCCUGGGCCAUCUCUGUGACCGCGCCCACAGAUGCCAUCAUUGGCCAUUACUCACUCCUGUUGCAGGUCUUGGGCAAGAAGCAACUCCACCUAGGCCAGUUCAUACUGCUCUUUAACCCUUGGGCUCGAGAGGAUGCAGUAUUCCUGAAGAAGGAGUCUCAACGCAGGGAGUACGUGUUGAACCAGAACGGCCUCAUCUACCUGGGUACGGCUGAGUGCUUCCACGCAGAGCCCUGGGACUUUGGCCAGUUUGAUAGCAGUGUCAUCAACCUCAGCCUCCGCUUACUGAGUGUGGAUAAGCAGGUGGAGGAGUGGGGCAACCCUGAGCAUGUGGCCCGUAUUUUGGGUGCCUUGCUGCAUGCUCUCAAGGAAAAGAGUGUCCUGCCCCCAUCAAAGGCCGCCACUGCCCAGGAAGGGGCCUUGCUGAGCAAGCGCCGGGGCAGUGUGCCCAUCCUGCGGCAGUGGGUCACAGGCCAAGGGCGACCUGUGUACGACAGUCAGGCCUGGGUGUUCGCCGCAGUUGCCUGCACAGUGCUGCGAUGCCUGGGAAUCCCUGCCCGUGUCAUUACCACGUUCACCUCAGCCCAGGGAACCGGCGGACGCUUGUUGGUGGAUGAAUACUACAAUGAGGAGGGCCUUCAGAAUGGAGAAGGCCAAGGAGGCAGAAUCUGGAUCUUCCAGACUUCCACGGAGUGCUGGAUGACCCGGCCUGCUUUGCCCCCAGGUUAUGACGGAUGGCAGAUUCUGUACCCAUGUGUUUCCAAUGGAGGUGGAGUCCUGGGGUCCUGUGAUCUGACCCCUGUCAAAGCAGUCAAGGAGGGGACACUAAGCCUGACCCCUGGAGUAUCAGACCUUUUUGCUGCAGUAAAUGCGUCGUGUGUGGUCUGGAAGUGUCGGGAGGACGGCGCACUGGAGCUGACCAACUCCAACACUAAGUAUGUUGGCAACAACAUUAGCACCAAGGGUGUGGGCAGCAACCGCUGUGAGGACAUCACUCAGAACUACAAGUAUCCUGAAGGAUCUCUUCAAGAAAAAGAGGUGCUGGAGAAAGUCCAGGAAGAGAGAAUGCGACAUGAAAAAGACAGUGGCAUCCAUCCUCCCAGUCUCAAGACUGCUGAGCUUCUACACAUAUUCUUAGAAGUACCCUGUUCCCUAAACCUGGGAGGGGAAGCCCAGUACUCAGUGAAACUGGUUAACUUCAGUGACCAGGAGAAGGCAGUGCAGCUGACAUCUGCCUUGCAGGCAAUAUACUACAAUGGCAUCCUUGCUGCUGAGCUCUGGAAGAGGAAGCAGUCCCUUAUGCUCGGUCCCAAGGCUGACUCAAUCACCAGCAACCUGUCUUUCUCCUAUUUUGAGCAAAGCCCACCAGAGAACAGCUUCCUCAGACUCACUGUCAUGGCCACGGCAACGCACUCUGAGUCCAGCUUUAGCUGCUUUGCUCAGGAAGACAUCGUCAUUUGUAGACCACACCUUACCAUUGAGAUGCCAGAGACAGCAGAGCAAUAUCAACUUCUUAAGGCUUCAGUCCAGCUCCAUAACUUCCUAGAUGCUCCCUUGAAGGACUGUGUGAUCUCCCUCUUUGGAAGGGGCCUCAUUCACAGAGAGAGGAGGUAUAGAUUAGCUUCUGUAUGGCCUGGAAACAUCUUAUACACUGAAUUCCAGUUCACACCGACACAGGUGGGGCUCCAGAGGCUCACUGUGGAAAUGGACUGCGAUAUGUUCCAGAACGUAACCAACUACAGAAACGUCACUGUGGAAGCCCCUGAACUUCCCGCUUAAACUUCCAUUAAGUAUCCCUUAAUUAAAGUCUGAUAUUGAUAACAUGAACUCGGCCCACUAGAGAAAUAUGAAAACUAUUAAGUAUAUAGAAAACAGGCCCUAGGAGAUAAAAAUAAAAGAACUGUACUCCUUUUGUACAAAGUUAU